AUGUCGAAUAUGUGCCCGCACAACCUCACCACGAAAUAUUCUUCGGUUCGGAUUAUUACCGGUCCUCUAUAUCUACCGCACCAGGACGAAGACGGCAAAUGGAGGGUUAGCUACGAGGUAAUUGGGAGUCCCGGGGAAUACGGCGUUGCAAUUAAUGUUACCAAUAAAACCAUGCAGGUUCCCAUGUGGGUGGAGUGGUCUGGCGGUGACUACACCAAUGAUACAUGUGCAGUGGUGGCAUCCUCUACCCCGACGCCCACACCGGACCCUUGUCGGGUUAAUAUUGACUCGACCAUUGUCGCAAGUAUGUCGGCCUCUUUGAAAGCGCGCUUGUGCAACGGCUUAAACCCGCCGGCCGAUUGCCUGGAGGACGAUGAGAGUGCCGCGCAGCAACUGGCUGUUUUCGGCGUAUCCUGUUUGCUAGCUGCAUUUGGAACGUUGGGGUUCUUUCUAAUGUGA